UCGCGUGGUCCGUGGUCGCGUAAAUUUUCGUGGGUCCUUCGUGGAGAUGCGUCGAACGGCGGUCUGGUUCGUCUGGCUCGCGCGAUCCCGCCGUUAAAGGUGUCGCGCGUCGUCCCGCCGUCGUCGCGCGGAUAAUCAUCGUGAAUUUCACGUUAGCACGCGGCGCCGAUGAUAAUUUUCGCGCGUGCCGGCUUUCGUUGAGAGAGAGAGAGAGACAGAGCGACGGAGAAAGAGGGAGGGAGAGAGAGUGUGGCGCGACGGGCUUCUUCAUGUAACCCGCCGUAACCACGUGCUUGAAAAUCCUGUCGGCCGUUACGGCCGGAUCGACUUCGCGCAGCGCGCGAUAAGGCGUCGAGAAUAUUCCGUCGUCGCGUCCGAACGGAGGCAUGCCGAAAUGACGGAGUUCGUGGACGGCUGGUUCCUGGGGCACACCCUGGGCGAGGGUGCCUACGGCGAGGUUAAACUAGUUGUAAAUAAAUCUACAGGCGAAGCGGUUGCUAUGAAAAUGGUUGACAUUGAGAAACAUCCGGACGCGAGGCAAACAGUCCGAAAGGAAACCGCUAUUCAUCGUAUGUUGUCGAAUCCAAAUAUUAUACAGUAUUUUGGAAAACGCAGCGAACCCAACAUGGAAUAUAUAUUUUUGGAAUAUGCUUCGGGCGGAGAGUUAUUUGAUAGAAUUGAACCUGAUAUCGGUAUGCCGAUGUGGGAAGCACAAAAGUAUUUUAGACAAUUGAUUUCUGGAGUAGAGUAUCUGCAUAGUCGCGGAGUUGCGCACAGAGAUCUCAAGCCAGAGAAUUUGCUUCUCGAUAACAAUGAUAAUUUAAAGAUAAGUGACUUUGGCUUAGCAACGAUAUACCGUAUGCAGGGUAAAGAGCGUCUUUUGGAGAAGAAAUGCGGAACUCUGCCCUAUGUCGCACCAGAGGUGCUGGUAAGGGCGUAUAACGCAGAACCUGCGGAUGUAUGGUCUUGUGGAAUUAUUCUCGUGGCUUUGUUGGCUGGAGAACUGCCAUGGGACCAACCCCUGGCAGCAUGUCCCGAAUAUGUCGCGUGGAAAGAUGGGAAAUAUAUGUCUCUUACACCGUGGAAAAAAGUGGACAAUUCGUCAUUAUCGUUAAUAAGAAAGAUUCUUAUGGAGUCGCCGUUGGCAAGAUACAAAAUGUCGGACAUUAAGCAACACAGGUGGUUUGUCACAAGUUUUGGCAAAGGUGAUGAAGUAGAUGGACGGAAUCGUUUGGAUCAGGCAGAGGAUGAAAAUCUAAGAAAUGUCUGCUUGUCACAACCCGAAUUUCCCGGGAUGGAGAACGAUGCGAUUCAAUUUAAUUUAGGCAAUCGUCCAACGUUUUCAUUUUCCCAACCCGCUCACGUGGAAGAUCUUUUAUUAGGUACACAAUUACAGGCGUUUACACAACCCAGUCAGCAAAACUCCUUUCAAAGAUUAGUUCGCCGAAUGACUAGAUUCUUUGUUAAAAUAGAAUGCGAGGAAACUGUAAAGAGGCUAAUAAGAUAUUGCGAGAAAGAGAAAUACGCUUAUCGCGUUAAUGAGUCUGGCGUGGUGACGAUAUUGACCAUGGAUCGACGCAAAAUGUCUCUGGUUUUUAAAGUGAAUUUUAUAGAAAUGGACGGAAAUAUAUUGGUUGAUUUCCGUUUGUCCAAAGGUUGCGGUUUGGAAUUCAAGAGAGCGUUCAUUAAAGUCAGAUGCGCGAUGGAAGAUGUUAUUCUGAAGAGUUCGGCAGUAUAUUCAAAAAAUUAAUAACUGUGACAGAGGCUCAUAGAUGUAGGAAUACGUAAUUUGUAAUUUUGUAAUAUAUUUUUGUAACAUUUUAUAAUAUUAAAAAUCCUUGUCUUAUA